AUGUCUUUCACAAACACAAACACCCUCCCCUCCUUCCUCCACUCUCCGAACCCCAUCCCCCGCGAACCUCGUCUCACCGCCGACACCGCGCCAGUUCCUCCCUCAGCCACGUCGCCUCCGGCUCGAGCCUGCGACCUUCUACCGCCGUCGAGCCCCUCCACCUCCUUCCUCGUCAACAUGCAGCCCAUCCCGCCUCCCGACCCCUCCCGCUACGCUCACGAGGACCUCGACUUCACCAAGAAGAAGACAUGGUCGCAGGAAAAGGAAAAGGCCAUCUGUCCCCCCGCGAGCCUCGAGAUUAUCACAAAGGCCGUAGGCAUGCUCCACACCGCAUCCCUCCUCAUUGAUGACGUGGAGGACUCCUCCUCCCUGAGGCGGGGUCUGCCCGUAGCCCACAACAUUUUCGGCGUCGCCCAGACUAUCAAUUCCGCAAAUUAUAUAUACUUUUGUUCCCUGCAGGAGCUCCAGAAGCUCAAGAACCCAAAGGCCAUCACCACCUACGCAGAGGAGCUUCUCCACCUCCACCGUGGCCAAGGGAUGGACCUCUUCUGGCGCGACACCCUCACUUGCCCUACCGAGGAGGAUUACCUAGAGAUGGUCGGCAAUAAAACGGGCGGCCUCUUCCGUCUGGGUAUCAAGCUGAUGCAGGCCGAGUCUCGCUCUCUUGUCGACUGCGUGCCGCUCGUCAACCUUAUUGGCCUCAUUUUCCAGAUCCGCGACGACUACAUGAACCUCUCAUCCCCCGAGUAUGUCCAGAACAAAGGACUGUGUGAAGACUUGACCGAGGGCAAAUUUUCUUUCCCUAUCAUCCAUAGUAUACGGUCUGACCCCUCGAACCUGCAACUCAUCAACAUCCUCGGCCAGAAGACUUCCGACCCAGAUGUGAAGCGCUAUGCCGUCGCCUAUAUGGAGGGCACUGGCAGCUUCGAGUACACGCGACAAGUUGUCAACGUCCUCAUCGACCGUGCUAGAAACCUCACCCAUAGCAUCGACGAGGGCCGAGGCAAGACGGAAGGUAUCCUUAGGAUCCUAGACAAAAUGGUUAUAUGA